AUGAAGUUGCUAAGCGGGCGCUUUCCCAAGGACAAGAACGUCUCUAUUGGAGGUGAGGUGACGUACAGCGGAACGAUGGCGGGUGAGCUUCGUAAGCGGUUGCCACACCUGGUAUCGUAUGUGCCUCAGCGCAACGAGCACUACGCCCUGUUGACUGCGAAGGAAACGGUUGAGUUCGCGCACGCUUGUUGCGCCAUGUAUCAACACUAUCCGGACCUCGUGAUCCAGCAGCUCGGACUCGAGAAUUGCCAGAACACCGUCGUGGGAGAUGAGAUGUUGCGUGGUGUUUCGGCAACGCAUACGUCUAGAUGA